CAUAGAAAGAGACUAGAUUGGUCAGGCACGAUCUGCCCGCCACAAACCCGUGCUGGUUUCCCCUCAGCAUAAUUUGCCCUGCCGGGCUCUCACAAAUGUGAGCCUUGAUAAUUUUUUCAAAGACUUUACCAAGGAUGGAGGUGAGACUGGCUGGCCUAUAGUUGCCCAGGUCCUCCUUCCUCCCCUUUUUGAAAAUGGGGACCACGUUAGCCCUUUUCCAGUCCUCCGGGACUUGGCCCGUGCGCCACGAGCGUUCGAAUAUUCCCGCCAGUGGCUCUGCAAUGCUUUGGAGGCUUCCAAUUUGAUUCAGUCCUUUUAAUGGGUCUUCUGAUUUGAGUCAGAUUUGGAGAUUUGGCCACUGAAUUGGGAAAAAUCUCCUUCAAAUCACAUCGGCUACCAAAGCUUCACACACCCUAUUGUCUAGCUCAGUUGGUUCUGUUUUUUCCUCCAGUUUCUGCAGCCUGGCAUUUCUUAUCUUGGCCACUUGGCACAUUCUAACUGCCUUUUCCAAAUUAAGCUCGGGAUUCUCUAGCAGUCUUUUCCUGAGGCUUGUACUUCUUAUACCCAAUACUACUUGGUCUUUGAUCAUAGACUUUUUUAUGUGUCCAAAGUUGCAUGUCUGGCUCAGGAGCCUGAGGUCUUAUCAAACUCCUCUAUUGUUUCACAUUCUUUUUGCUGUCUCAUGUGGAAACUAUACUGUUCAAAGGUUUUAUUUUGUUUGGGUAUACAAUAUUCCUCCAACUUUUUUUAUUACUGUGCCACAGCUUUUCUGUUCUGCUUCUGAUAGUUCUAGGCUAUUAUAAAGUGACAGAGCUUUCGAGCCUGCUAUAUUUUAUAAAAAUUGCUACCUUGAGUGAAUCUUCCUACUCUGUAGCUCCACUGGCCAUCAUAUAUAUGGCAAAGCUGGAAGCCCGACUGGAGUACUUCCACGUUUUAAAUUUCUUCCAGUUUUCUGUUGCAUUGCUGGACAGCUUUAACUCCUCUGGAUUUCUGAGAUGCUCCAUUUUUUGUCUUCACAUCCCACUCCUGGAACCAUGUGUUGUUUUCAAAAGACCAAGGAGUUAAGCUUACAGAAUGAUAAAGCUUGUUUAUCCAGAGAGCAGUGCCUUGCCUACAGUUUUCCUGUUCCCUCCUGCAAUACCUGGGCCAAUGUAACAAUUUAUACAUAACACUCUUAAAGGUAUCCAUACCCUGAGUGUGCAUGUAGACUUUGCACCUGGGAGCAGUUUCCUCCGGCUUAAAUGACGCCAGAGUUUAUUGUGUCACAUUAAUUGCAUGUGUAGAUGCACCCAGUAUGUAAGAAUCAGACUUAUAUGAUUCCAUCAGGCCCCAGAUUUACCAUGUGUUUUCAACCCAUAGACUACUUGCAGGUGCUGGUCAGCAUUUGCAAUUCCCUGGGCCCAGCCACUUCUCCAACAUGAGACUUUCUCUUCUGACCUCUGUGUGUCGGUGGGUGUUCCCUUUGUUUCCUCUUACCUCUUGGGAAGCCCGACUGGAGUAGUUCCACGUUUUAAAACUGACUCUUUCCCGCCACGUUUUGAUCUUAUUCAAAGUUAUCCAUUGGGAGGUGUUAUGAAUGCAGAAUGACCCCAGCAAUAUGGAUAGAACCUUUUUCUUGUCGAUUGGUGUCUUGCUUCCUACUCCUCAGGACAAACCCCUAGACACUUUAUUGCUGUAAAAAAUGCACUUGUUUCUUUAUGUGGUUGAUCAGUUCGCUUUAUUGUAAACCAAAAUACUCUUUUUAAAUGGUUUUUAUUAUUUCAAUUUUCCAGGACACUUUGUUGGGUUUAUUUAAUGUAAAACAACAUGCAUGAACAUAGGUAACUUCAAUGAUUUUAACUGUUUUUGUCUUUCAUUCAUUAAACUACAAAGAAACGUCCUUCAGUCUCUUGUUUCUUUUCUCCCUUUCUCUUUUUGGCUCCCAGAACACCAACUGUCCUGAUCAGGAUCCCCAAAUUAAACUGGGGAAACAAAACAGAAAAAACAAAAAUGAACAUGACCUUGUAAGGUUUGACCUAGAAACUACUAUGCAAAGCCUAAGCAAAAGUGAAUGUUGUGUGUCGAAUGCCCAUCUGCAAUGAUAAGGGGCAGACAGUCUUAGAUAGAGGAAGCUUGAAAACAAAAAACAGAAUCAGAGGUACUGGAGCAAAGAGCUCAUUAAAAUACUAAAAAUCACACCCCGAGGUGGGGAAGAUAUAUGCUAAUGGAACAUAUAUGUACGUUAAUGAGAUACAUAGCUAAAACACAGGUAUAGAGACAUGCUCAGUAAAGAACUCCUUGCGUCACUCCUUUAUAACCAAUUAGCAAACAAGGAUGCUUAUGAAGAUUCAACCUCUGGUAUAUAAGGGGCUCAGUAUUGAAUGUGCUUGUGCUUGUCUUGGGAGAUUAUUCCGCUUGCACCUUUUAUUGCUAGCAAUAAAUCAUUUUUAUACUUUCACCCCUGGUAUCUUUAUUGGCCUUUGCAUACCGGGCACGAACCCAGACUUGGGCUGGGGCCUAACAGUUUUUGGCACCCCAGAUGGGACUGCCAUAGAUAAGCUUUGCCCGGACUAACUGACGACCGGUUUAUCUGCUUCUUCUUAUCAAAAGUCGAGCGCGCCCCGGGAUUUCUUUUCCCGGUGAGACUUUUGUUUCAGGAGAAGCUGGAUCACUGAGGCGGCAGUAGCCUAACGGUGCAAUGCCAUAUAGUGAAAGUAUCAGUAACAGGCACCUGGGUGAGAGGGUAGAAAGGGCAUAAGGCCUACCGUCAGUACGUCUGCCUGGGAUUAUCUCUGUAAGUAUUCUGUCUGGCCUGAGUCCAAGACCAGUGAUUUUUCCCCUGUGAGGACAAGGACUAAAAACAGAUCCCUGGAUCCCAGGUAAGUCGGACAGUCAGAACCGGGAAGGCAGUCCUGAAAUGGGUACUAUUAACAGUAAGGUUAGCAAAUGUACCCCCCUCUCUUGUGUAUUGAGACAUUGGGCAGAGUUUGGUGAGGAUGCUAUGACUAAGAAGAAAGCUAAAUUCUUCUGUGAAACUGCAUGGCCACGCUAUCAGCUAGAUGAUAAAGAAUAUUGGCCUCGGGAGGGAAGUGUUAAUUAUAAUACCAUCUUACAAUUGAUUUUGUUCUGCCGGCAGAAUGGUAAAUGGGAGGAAUUGAUGUAUGCGCAAGCGUUUAUGUCUCUUUGUAGAGAUAAAAAAGUUUUGGAGGAAUGUGGAUUGGGGGAGGGGGUUGGGAUCUGUGAGAUGGCUGUGGCUCGACCAGCUGCAAAUCCUGUCCUGGACUGUCCGGAGCCGGAGGCUCUUCCCCCUGUGUUGCCUUUACCUUAUCCUCUUCCUCCUCCUCCUCCUGAUUCAUCUGAUUCCUCGUUGGCAUCUGCUCUUCCUGCUUCUUCCCCCCCUGAGGCAGAAGUUGUAAAUACUCCCCGACAUAGGGAUCUGGAGCAGCGCCAACCAUGGCCGUCAGGUGUUUGGCAAUCUCCAAACUCCCCGACUUCUCCUGAUAUAAGCCCGGGAGGAGGAUGGAGAGUACAGUUAGAAGCAGACUCCGGGGUUAAGGGAAAAUAUCACAGGGAAUCUGAUUCUGGCCGUGGGAAGGGAAAUGGGGUAUUUCCCCUAAGAGAACAAGUGGUACCCGGGCCUCUCGAAGAUGACGGUGAGCCAACCUACCGUCGAACCUUUGUGCACAUUCCUUUUAAUACCUCAGAUUUGUAUAAUUGGAAGAACAAUAACCCCAGCUUGAGAGAGAAUCCUGAAAAGGUACAGAACCAGUUUAAAACGAUUUUCAAAACCCAUAACCCAACUUGGGCAGAUGUUCAGUCUCUUCUAGAUAUCUUGUUGACACCAGAGGAAAGGAGAAUGGUAGUGAACAAAGCUCGUGAGUACGUGGAAAAGGAAAUUAUUGCAGGGAACCUGCAAGGAAAUAGAGACGAUCAUGUCCCCAUCCAGGAGCCAGAUUGGAAACCAGACCAAGAUAUGACCUCCAUCCAUGCCUAUCGAGAAUAUAUCCUCCGAGGAUUGAGAAAUGCUGUGAAAAAAACCUCAAAAUCUCAGUAAGGUGUAUGAGAUUCAACAGGAGGCUAAUGAGACCCCGAGUGCUUUUUUGGAAAGAAUUUACAAUACUUUCAGACAAUACACUCGUGAGGAUCCGGAGGAUGCAUCGAACGCUCGCAUGGUAAAUAUGAUCUUUAUGGCUCAGAGUGCACCAGACAUUAGAAAGAAGUUGCAGAAGGCAGACAGAGCAACAGGUAUGCCUAUUUCCCAACUAGUAGACAUUGCUUACCAAGUAUUUACUAACCGAGAAAGUGUUCAGGAAAAGAAACAGGACAAGAAAGAGGAGAGAAAGAUGAAAAUGCAGGCAGCCCUAGUGGCAGCUGCAAUCACGAGAAAACCUAGAGAUGAGGGAUCCUGAGCCGCAGAGACGGGGUCCAUUAGAGAAAGAUCAAUGUGCCUUUUGCAAACGAAAAGGACAUUGGAAGCGGGAAUGCCCUUAUUGAAAAGUUGGGGAAGGUGAAAAGAAAAAAGAGGAGAGCAGUGGAUUGUUCGCUUUUGGAAGGGAUUCAGAUUGAAGGGGACCGGAGGCCCGGGAGGGAAAGAUAACCCAGAUCCCAGUGUCCCCUGACGAGCCUCUGGUUAAAAUGCAACUAGGGGACAGAGAUGAAUUGGUAGAUUUUCUUGUAGAUACAGGUGCUGCCCAUUCUGUUUUAACUCAAAAACUGAAACCUUUAAGUAAAAAGACUGUGCCGGUGGUAGGGGUUACAGGGAAGGCAGUAACACGAUCCUUCCUACAGCCAAUGACCUGUAAUAUUGGGCAGGCCGAUGUUACCCAUCAAUUCUUGUACAUGCCAAACUGCCCCGUUCCCCUUUUAGGGAGAGACCUCCUCUGUAAACUGCAAGCUACGUUGUCGUUCCAGGAUGGGCAAAUGUUUUUAACGGUGCCUCCUGAAAAGGGGUGGCAUUUACAGGCUUGCCUUCUCGGCCUUCUCCAAGAGGAGAGUACACCAGAUAUUCCUCAACCCCUGCUCGAUGCUGUUGUUCCAUGGGUAUGGGCAGGUCACCGACCUGGGAAGGCUAAAAAUGCUGACCCUGUGAAGAUUCAACUUUUGCCAGGGGCCCAGCCUCCAUGUGUGAAACAAUAUCCAAUGCGGAUGGAAGCCAGGAAAGGACUGAAGCCGUUAGUUGAACGGUUCCUGGAGUAUGGCCUUCUCUGUGAAUGUACAUCAGCUUUUAACACACCCAUCUUGCCUGUGAAGAAGCCUAAGAGUAAUGAAUAUCGUUUCGUCCAAGACUUGAGAGCUGUAAAUAAAGUGGUUGUGAGUAUAUACCUGGCCGUGCCUAAUCAGUACACCUUGCUAUCUGCUUUGAACCCAGAUCAUAAUUGGUUUACGGUUAUUGAUUUAAAAGAUGCUUUUUUCUGUAUACCGGUAGAGAAGGGAUCUCAGGAAAUAUUUGCAUUUGAAUGGGAAGACCCAGGUACUAGCAUUAAGACUCAGUUGUGCUGGACUGUUUUACCCCAAGGAUUUAAAAACAGCCCAACCUUAUUUGGCAAUGCAUUAAGCAAGGAUUUACGCAGGCUAGAAUUGCCACUGUCCUGUGCUCUUUUGCAAUAUGUAGAUGACUUGCUUUUAACAGCCACCACUGAAGCAAGCUGCCUGGAAGGAACAAUUUGCCUCCUUAAUUUUCUGGGUCAACAAGGGUAUCGCGUUUCCAGGAAAAAGAUGCAGCCCAUAUCCCAGAAGGUCACAUAUUUGGGAUUUGAAUUACAGCCCUGUUGCCUGAAAGAAAAGAAGCUAUAUGCCGGCUCGCACCCCCAAUAACAAAGAAACAACUACGAGGAUUUUUAGGUACAGUAGGUUUUUGCAGGAUUUGGAUUCCAAAUUUUGGGGUUAUUGCAAAACCUCUAUAUGAGGCAACACACGGAGAUGAAAAGGUACUCGAAUGGACUGAAGAGUGUGAGCAAGCAUUCUGCCAGUUAAAGCAGGCUCUCAUUGAAGCACCCGCCUUAGGACUACCGGACAUGAGUAAGCCUUUUUCCCUUUUUGUGCAUGACCGAGGUGGGGUAGCCGUGGGAGUCUUAACACAGAAAUUGGGUAGCUGGCAACGACCAGUGGCAUAUUUUUCAAAAAAAUUAGACUUUGUGUCAUGUGGAUGGCCUGCUUGUCUCCGGGCUGUUGCUGCUACCUGUCUGCUAAUACAAGAAGCUGAAAAAUUAACCCUAGGCCAUGAAAUGAUUGUAUAUAUUCCUCAUGCGGUACUUACAGUCUUGGAACAGAAAGGAGGGAACUGGUUAACUCCGGGACGAAUGGCUCGAUAUCAGGCCAUCCUCCUAGAUAAGCCUGAAAUAAAAUUAGCCAUUUCUCGCAAUGUAAAUCCAGCAACACUGUUGCCAUCUAUGGGUGACACACCAGAUCUUGUGCAUGACUGUUUGCAAACAUUGGAAACUGUUUAUUCUUCAAGACCAAAUUUGAGAGACAGACCUCUUGAAAAAGCUGACCUGGAGUUCUACACUGAUGGCAGCUCGAGUAUAGAGAAUGGAAUUCGAAAAUCCGGAUACACUAUCGUGACUGCACAGAAUGUGAUAGAAGCAGGACCUUUAAACCCAUCUGUUUCAGCUCAAAAGGCUGGACUCAUUGCUAUGACUCGGGCUUUGCAAUUGGCGGCCAACAAAACUGUCAAUAUUUAUACUGACUCUAAAUAUGUUUUCCUUGUUUUACAUGCUCACGGAGCACUAUGGAAAGAGCAAGGUCUACUUGAUUCAAAAGAAACAGGCAUUAAACAUAGCAAGCAGAUAAAAGCCCUCCUUAAGGCAGUCUGGGAACCAAAAGAAGUAGCGAUAAUGCACUGCAAAGCUCAUCAAAAGAAAAAUGAUGAUUCAUCCACAAAAGGUAAUCGAUUUGCUGACGCUACAGCAAAGAAAGCAGCUAAAAAACCUCAGACAGACUUGCUGCCCGAAGUAAGUAAUCUGUUACCUCUCCUCCCAGACUUAUACCAGCCUGUGACACCACAGUAUGGGGAAAGAGACAAACAAUUGAUAAGAGAGUUUCAAGCAAAGAAGGGGGAGCACGGGUGGCUAGUAGCAAAGGAUGGCCGCAUUAUCAUCCCAGCUGCCUGGGUUCAUGUGGUAGUGAAGAGAGCUCAUCAUGGCACCCACUAUGGACCCAGGGCCCUGAUAAGGUGGAUCAGUCACUAUGUAACUGGAGUGGGAUUAAGAGAGGCUGCCAAGAAGGUAUCAGAGACAUGUGUGGUCUGCCAGAGAAAUAACCCAAAAGGAGGGAGAAAAGAAACUUCAGGACAUCAGAGAAUAGGCAAUGGGCCAGGAGAAGAAUGGCAGGUGGAUUUUACUGGGUUACCCCGGCAACAGGGGAUGAGAUAUCUCCUUGUCUUUGUGGACACUUUCUCUAAUUGGGUUGAGUGCUUCCCAUGUUGGACUGCCCAAGCCUGAGAGGUGGUCAAGGCACUCCUACGAGAAAUCAUACCUCGCUUCGGACUUCCAAAAGGAAUAGGGUCAGACAAUGGCCCACAUUUCAUUGCACAAAUUACUCAGAAGGUUUCUGAGUUCCUGGGAAUCAGCUGGCAUUUACACACCCCUUGGAGACCCCAGUCCAGUGGAAAGGUGGAAUGUAUGAAUCAGACCUUAAAAAGACACCUUUCAAAGAUUUGCCAAGAAGCUCGACUCAAAUGGCCAGAGGCCCUACCCUUGGCCCUGUUGCGAGUAAGGGUCGCACCACAUUCUAAAUUGGGAUUAAGCCCAUUUGAGAUAAUGUAUGCAGGUACGGGACGUGCUGCAGACACAGAACCAGUCUCCUACCCCGGAAAAUCGAUUAUUACCUGGAAGUUACGCUCUUGUGAAAGAUUGGAACGAGGAACCACUUCGAGCCAGAUGGAAGGGCCCGUAUAGAGUACUUUUAACGACCCCAACGGCAGCAAAGCUCGAAGGAAUCAAGACUUGGAUACAUUCCAGUCGCCUAAAGCCGGUGGCUGAACCAGAACAAGAAGAAACUCCUGCAAACUCCGGGACCGGCGGCAGAGAACAGUGGAAGGUGGAGCCAAUAAGGGACUUAAAAUUCCUAUUCAAAAGAAAGGAACUUUGAAUAAUUUGUCAAUCUUUGAUCAAGUUUUACAAGCCUUAUUAUGAAAUUGUUCAAGGUUUUAGUGUGGGGCACCCUAAUUUGUCCACUCCUACUUAUAGGAGGGGAAAAUCUUUUACCACAAGAAUUUGACCCUCAGGAAAAUGUCUGGAUUUAUCUGGCCCGGGAAAUAUUAAAUAGAAAGACUUCUGCUUGGCAGGAGGGAUCAAUGCUCAUCUGGUUUUUACCUCAUGCUUAAUUGCAGUACCUACCCCUUUGAAAAUUUUACAGAAUUAUACUAUGCUGAAAGAUGUAAAGAAGGAAAAUACAUAUCAGGAUAUAUAUAAGUGGGGGACUAUUGUAAAAGAGAAAAGCAGAGACAUGUUUUCUGUACGGGUUCAGGCAACAGCUAAUGCUUCUGAAUGUUUCUUAAUAGUGAAUUGUACCAGUAAUUGCUUUAAAUUGAACCAAGGUAGAAAAAUCUUCUGUAAUAAGACCAGUCAAAUUGAAUGGAGCAAUCAUAAUUAAUAAUAAUUAUAAAUGCUCCAGAUGAGGGAAAUGUAAGGUUUGACCUAGAAACUACUAUGCAAAGCCUAAGCAAAAGUGAAUGUUAUGUGUCGAAUGCCCACCUGCAAUGAUAAGGAGCAGACAGUCUUAGAUAGAGGAAGCUUGAAAACAAAAAACAGAAUCAGAGGUACUGGAGCAAAGAGCUCAUUAAAAUACUAAAAAUCACACCCCGAGGUGGGGAAGAUAUAUGCUAAUGGAACAUAUAUGUACGUUAAUGAGAUACAUAGCUAAAACACAGGUAUAGAGACAUGCUCAGUAAAGAACUCCUUGCGUCACUCCUUUAUAACCAAUUAGCAAACAAGGAUGCUUAUGAAGAUUCAACCUCUGGUAUAUAAGGGGCUCAGUAUUGAAUGUGCUUGUGCUUGUCUUGGGAGAUUAUUCCGCUUGCACCUUUUAUUGCUAGCAAUAAAUCAUUUUUAUACUUUCACCCCUGGUAUCUUUAUUGGCCUUUGCAUACCGGGCACGAACCCAGACUUGGGCUGGGGCCUAACAACCUGAACUUGUCCCGUUGGGAAUCUGCUGUUGUUCUCUUUUGUUUAUUGGUUCAUUUGUUUUUGUUUUUCAUGGCUUCUGCCACUUCCCUUGCCUCAUCGAGACGAGUCGACUGUCUUCCUUCUUCAGAGACUCCCAGGUUCUCCUCCUGGUUGAGUCCCUCUCUUUUCACGGGAGCUGGCUCCUGGGGCCCCUCCACCCCAGUCUCUGCUCCACGGCUCCUUCUCUCUGUGACUGCUGCUUUUUUUUCUCCAAUCUCAGCAAGCCGCACCCCUGCUGCACCGCCACCUCCUCCCAGCUUCAAAGAGCAGCUGCUCCGGAAAUGCUGCUCGCCCAGCAUGGUCCUGCUCCCCAUUCCCUUGAUCUCUUUUCCCUCUCCACACCCUGCAACAGUCAACACCAUUUACCUAAUCCUCUGCUUCACUCUGUUGCGUUUCCUGCUUUUGGUGCUUUGGCCUUCUCCACUUUGCCAUCUAGACUCACCACCAUACCUUGUUCCCAUGCAGACUUCCUGAUCUUGUUUAUCAGUGUAGGCUCCAAGUUGUAACAAAAAUCUUAACAAUGCUCACAAACUAAAUCUAAAAACCAUUCUGUCCAGGUCAUUGGAAUAUUUUGAUCACAUUGGAGUAUUUGAUUUUGGUUGCAAUCUUUUUAAAUAUUUUUCCUGUCAGCUAACCUAGAUUUUUAAAUGAAAAGUCAUUUAAAACAGAAAACCAGAAUUUUUUAAAAUAUUGAAAUGGAACAUUUUAAUAACUUGAAAACUUUUUUCAAAGUAGGGAGAGGAAUUCAAAUCCCAUACAUGAAGUGAUAUCAUGCUUCAUAUGAAAGCCAGCCAGGUUUCUUGUCCUUGCUACUUCUAUUGGGAGGCUUUCCAGAAACUUCCAGCCUAGGAGCCACCAUUUGUUUUCCAGUCUAAUAAGUAUUAAUGACCAUUUGCUUCACUUCUUAUAAAUCUAUAUUUUUGACAGAAAAUAAUUUUGCUGGUAAAAAGCAAUGUUUUUUUUUAUUGAGGAAUCUACAUUUUAGCUCUAAUUUUGUUUAAAAUCUAAACUACAUCUUGUUGAUUCCUGUUGCCUUAAAUGAGGCAAUUUUCCCAUCCACUUAACUGGCAUAUUCCUUCAGCCGUAAAUAGUAACGUAAAAAGUAGGCUUUAUAAUAAUUAUUUAAGUUUCUAAAGUAGCCAUCACCUACAGUGUAGAACAUGAUGCUUCCUUCUUGUCAGCCAGAUGUGGCAUGUGCAAAACAUAAUGUAAUUGCUACAGAACAAUUUUAUGCUCAAAUAUUUAUUUUUUUAAACAAAUUGGUAAUUAAUAAGACAGGAUUUCAGUCUGAUAAAGCAAUUUUAGAAAGUCAGAUUCUAUCCUGGAGAGAGAAUCAGUUCUGUCUCUUUAACAUCUCUGCUUAUCAGAACUGGUUCAAGAGCAGACACCUGCUUACCACAUGAAUGUUUCUGUGCCUGCAAAGUCACUUUUUACUAUUCAUUUUACUUGCAUCGAUUAAGUCUAAAGUGGAGUUAAUUAAUAGUCUUGUGUUUUUUUUCCAGUUUUGACUGAAAGUUAAGUUGAUAUUAGAAAGAAAAAAGGCACAUGCUUGGAUAUUUACCUCAAAAUUAUGUUAUUUAAGAAAAGGCUCAAAAAAUGUUUGACCCCUGGUGAAUAAAACCAUCACAUUUGCAAUGCUCUCAACUUGAGAAAGACACCCAUGAUGAUACAGAUCUUAUGCUGUUACAUGAAUUUUUCUGUUGAUUCCCUGUUUACUUUCCUUGGAACAAUAUUAAAAAUGCUUAAUCUUU